CUGUUUUGUGUUGAAUUUACUCUCAAAUGUGCUUCGAACCUAGCAGAUGAGAUCGUGCGUUCGCUCCGGAGUGCAGGCGGCCCAGUUGUGAAUUUCUGCUUUGAACUACGCGUUGCCCAUACAGUAUAAUUAAUUUUGAACAAAUUACCAGUUGGCUGGCCUUAUGUCCCACAUGUGCAUCGCAUGGGGUAGACAGUGACAACCUGCCGUAAUGGGCGAGGAAGUCCCGACCGUUUCAUCCCCUGCGGAUUACUGCGGUCUCCUCGGCGCCCAUUCGUCGGAAGAGGACUCGUUUGAGGGGGAAGGCCUGGAGGAGGUGACGGUACCCACUCCGGACCCACCCCCCGAAGAGACCCUGCUGACCCGCCUGGUGGACCUUUGCAGUAGAGGGGAGAAGGAAAAGGAGGAAGGCAAGGUGCCCCUGUCGCGUCUCAUGGAAGUCAUGGAGACCGGCCGCAUGACGUACACGGUGCAGGAAAUGAGUGUCCUCAGCAAAGUGUACGAGGCACUGGCAAGUGAAAGCAAGAGGAACGGCCUCGUCAACUCCAAGGGAGACUUGGAGGUCAUCGUGGACAUACGGAACUCUCAAGUCCUGCGGGACCUCCUCAACCAUUAUCAGCAGAACGGGGAUCAGCUAGAUCUGUGGGAACCUAGUCUUUCAACAUUUCUCGACACCAGUAAGUCCCCUAAGAGCAUGCCCGAAACGGUUGAUAACCCUUCUACUAACGGUGUUGGGUGUGCUUCGUCUGACAGUUCUUCUUCAGCAGGAAUCUUAACAUCUCUGGAGUUAUCCCUCUUCAGCUACGGGAGCAGGGAAGGGAUUGCCGGAGACUUCCUAGAAACAGAAGACAUAGAGAAAGAAGCAGAACAGCUUCGACAUUCCAAUCGCAAGCUGACGGACGAGAAGGCACAGUUGGAGAAGCAGGUGACGUUGACAGAUGAGAUGAACCAGCAGCUCAUGCACGAGAAUAAGAAACUUCUUGGCAAUGUACAAGGCAUGCAGCGCCAAGUCGAACAAUUGAAAAAGUUGACCAAAGAAUACGAGGAGAUGAAAUCAUCACUGCUACAGAGCGAAACAACUGCCCGGGAAAACCUACAUCGUCUGCAGCAGACCGAAGCAAAUAACAACCUGUUGAACAAGCGGUUGGGGGUUUUAUCCGCAGAUCUGGAACAAGCUCAGACCCAACUGGAAGCAGCAAAACAGCAAGAAAAAGAGGUAUCCAGGCUACUUGCUGAACAGAGACAGCUCCAAGUAGCGUGUGGGGUAGAAAAGGCCCAUUUUGAAGAGCUCUAUGUGCAGGAAUCUGCAAAGUUUACCAAAGCGCAGGAAGUGAUCAAAGAGCUUCAUCAGGUUGUCGAGAUGUUGAAGCAGGAGAAACAAGACCUGGAGUAUCAGCUGUAUCAGUCUCAGCAAGAGGUUUUACAGCUGAAGCAGUUGGUGGGGUGCCAGUCAGUGGGAGCCAAAAAGGCAGAAGGAGAAGAGGGUGGUCCAGCAAGUGAUGAGGGGGUGUUUGACGAACAGUGCCCCACCCCACCGGGCUUCUCUGCGACCACCGUGCUCCCCAUCUGCCACGAGACCUCACUCACCAGUUCUCCACUGAUCUCAAGCUUGAAUCUGCAGACUCCAUUUCGUGGAAGGACAAGCAACCACCUGUGGGGUGGGGUAUCUUCGAGUAGCUGGCAGAACAGCCUGGAGCGGCGAAAUCUUUUCAACACACUGCAACAAAAUGGGGUGCAUUCUAUUGAAGAGAGUGCGAGCAGUGAAGAGCUGGCAAGCUUUGCAGAAGACCAUGACUUCAAAGUUCACGAACUGCUGCAAAGACUGGACGACAAGGAGGAACUCAUUCACGACCUCAGAUCGAAGCUUGAACGGACGCAGGAGGAACAGGCCAGCCUGAGCGAGAGGAUGUCGCGCAUGCAGCGGUGCCUGUCCAAUGUGUCCAAAGCCAUUUCCUGUAGUUGUUGCGUCAUAAAAGAAAUCAAUGCUGAAGCCAUCCGCAUGCUGGAGUCCCAAUGUGACACAUCAGCAUUAUUUGCUCAAUUAAAAACUGAAAACCGUGUUGUGAAUGCCUUCCAAGAAGGAUUUCCCGAAGACAUAGUGAGCGGUCAGAUCAACCUGGAACUCCAGACCUUGCGAGCACAGAUUGCGAGAAGCCAAGCAGUCUUAGCGUACCUGCAGUCGAGGGCACCACGUGUUCCCGCAAGAACUCCGUCGGAUCCUACAGCGUCCCGAAGGGUUCAGACCUCUCGUCAAGGAUGCUUCGAAGAAGGUAGCCAUCCGGAGGACGAAACGUACGACGUACCGUAUGGAAUCCGCAAGUCCACAAGGAGAACGUUCAGCCGGCAGCAGUCCAAUCCAGAAGCCUGUCCAGCUUGUGGGUCCGACCUCACCAGCCCCCACUCCUCACCAUUGCGCCACCACCCACGACUGUUUGCAGCACGCUCAUGUCCAGCACUGCCCGCGUGUGAAGUGCCUACCACGAGGGGGACUCAAACUUCGACUGCCGCAGUGUUGACGCGGGACUCUCAGACGGACGUGUCCGAACUUGCUCACCUGCCGAGUGUUGCCUUGGAAACCGUGACCGAAGUGGAAGUGAAGGAAGAAGAGCUCGACUCCCCCCUGCCCCGGAACAGGAGCAACAGUUUUGUGCGUGCCAUUCGGGAAGGAAAUCCGAACCUGGUCGACGCCGAGCCCUACCAGACCCGAGUGGAUUGCAGGGCGGAAGUGCACAGAGAGCAGACCCCCGAAGAAACGAUGCCUGCCAAGUCUCGUUCCCCAAAUAUGCCCGAAGUGACGGUAGAAGACGUUGACGCCAGACCGGAUUCCUCUCUCGCGUCCACAAGGAGGAAAUCCCUAUCGGUGCGUUUCUCAUCCCUGCCAGAGGUGACACGCAGUGCGGCCAUCGACUUGGACCAUGGAGAACCCAUCGAGGAGGAGACCAUCGACGACAGCCAGCACAAAGAAAGCUCCUCUGACGUCGCUGAUGCUGUUUCCAUACGCGAUUAUCGUAGCCAAGCUCAGUGGAAGCGUGCAAGGGAUCAGGGCGGAUUUGGACUACGUCGUCCUAUGCCAGACCUGAUGGAAGGUUCCGAGACGGAGUCGGCAAAGGGCAGCCUGGAAAUCGAGGACGGGGCUUUUCCUUCCUUCUCGGACACUGUGCUCGGAAGCCUGGGCCUUGGUAAAGAUGCCGCCGUCUCUGACCAGCUUACAGAACAGGAGAUCGAGAGCAAAUUUGCUAGCCUUUCUCUGGGGUUCAAGACUGACAAGCUCACCCUGUCGAAGCGCCUGGAGCUCCACCAGCGCCAUCGCGACGUCGCCGAGAAGAACAACGUCACUGAACUCAAAGCCAUCUGGGACCUCACCAACGCGCUGAACAAGAUAUGCACGGACGACAAGCAGCGAGAAGUGAUCAGCAAAAUCCAAAGUCACCUAGAAGUUCUUCAGCAGUCCACGGAUAGGAUUUCAAGCAGGGCGGAAGUCUACGGUGCUGUUCAGCAGGAGGAGCGCAUGUGCAAAGCCUUUGAAGUGAUGGUGGCGCACGUGGAAAACCUGAAGCGAUCGUCCGAGAAGGAGCGACGCGAGCUGGAAGAAAUGCGCCGACUCAUGCUCGAUCAUCAGCUUCAAACCCCACAGGAAGGGGCAUCCUGUUCUUCUCCGGGAAAGGACAGCCGCACCCGUCUAUUCAGCAUCCCCAGCUCGGGUACUUCACCGGCGUUAAGUCGGCUGGUUCGAGCUGCGACUACAAUACGACGCUGUUCACUGCCAGUGGCAGCGCCAGCGCAAGCUGAGGAUGCCCAUUCAUUGCUGCAGCAAGCGCUGAAGAAUAGUGCCAAGGGUGAGGAGCAUGCGAGUGAUGAAACUGUGCCACAGGGUGCCAAAGUGGGAACACAACAGGAUCACAAGAUCGGGGAUUGCAAGGAGACAGUGGCAGACGAGCAGAACAGUUCGGCAGCAGCCGAUGAAAGCUCCACAGUACCUGAGGACUCUGCUGUCUUGCCUGAAAGCACUGCCUGUGAUCCUGAACCAGAAGGCGAGGGUUUGGAGCAGGACUGUGGGGAGGCCGAAGGAAGGGACGAGCUAGAAAGCAGCCGAUCAAGCCUUGCGCCUGAAGACUUCUGGGCUCAGUGGGCGACCAGUCUGCUAACAAAGCUCAAGCAUUGGCUUGAAAGUAGCCGACGAGCCUUGAUUCGCAAGCGGCGUCCCUAUCUGAGCUCGGAAGCGUUCCGAAAUGCGCGAUACAUCAUCAGCGGCUUUCUGGUGGUCGCGGCUCUGUUCAGCCUGCUCGUGGCACUGUUGCCAAGCCCCACAGGUGCACACUGUUCAGCAAGACAGCCUACACUCUGGGAGCUGAUGGACUUUUCGGGACCUUACGUCGUGGAGUUGCGCUGGUGGAGCGGGCCGCCCCCAACGUGAACUCUCUCUCCCCUUCAAGGUGGCGUUGAUGUGUACCUCGUUUUAAUCUCAUUCCCGUCGGUCGUCAUAGCGUUAGGAGCCCCAUUUUUCGGUUAUUAUUUCAAUUUUAAUAUUUUAAAUUUAAAUUAAUUUAGAUUUUAAGUACCGCGUUACAUCCCCCCUACCCUUGUCUUCUGUCACCCGUUUCCCUAUAUGUUAAUAUGUAUAUAUUAAUACGAAUUUAUAUAAGUUAUAUGUAUGUUAGUAGUAUAUUGAUAUGUCAAAAGGCCACAGUCUGUCACCAUCAUUGCAGGGUCACAGUUUUCAACUAGGGAAUGCAGGAAGUGACGAAGAUACGAGGUGCUUGUGAAACGUGCGGGCCGUGCGUGAUCUUUUUACAAGAGUGCUGCAGUAACAUUUUGGACAAUUCACGCGCCUCACAAAAGGCGCAGAUAUAUGGUGCAAUACCGAGUGCAUAUUCUAGAUGGUUCCAUUGCAACUUCCUUUCCCGACUCGAAUGCGCGUGCAUUUAGUGCUUUGAAGGCCGUUUACCUACGAGUGAGAACGUACGUUUGAAAUCCCGGCGUUACAACGGCUAACCCAGGCAUUUCGACAGCCUUUGGAAUCCGUCUGUCAUUGUGGAGCACAAUGUUACCAGUAUACAAAACAUAUAUGUAUUGUUGAUAGUUUAUUCUGUGAUGACACUUCAUAGUGACCGUAGUUCGGGUCUCGUAGAAUUUAAUAAUACAGGUAGAAACAAAACCUGUACAUUUCACCUGUAAUUAGUGUGAUUUGGAAUAAACUGGCUGUGAAUGCAGUGAAUUCAACAGGU